AUGUUACAACACGUUCUUUUUCUGGCGGUUUUUCUUCUCUCCGGGAGGAAUGCGGUCGACUCAGCGAAACAAGAUGUCCGCGUCUCCGACUCUUACCUGCCCGUAGCCAUGCAGAUCAUCGCUCAUCUUACUGACCAAAUGUCUUUUGAAAUGAAAGACGAGGUUCCUAUAAAAACAACUACAACACACAAACCAUUAGAUAUAACUACACCAUUCCACAAACCUGGCCUGUAUUCACCAUCAUCACCACCAAAACCUUCAGACCGUAUUUCCCCUAACAAGAACUUCCCAAAAACGCAACAAUUUGUCCUCCUCCCUAUCGAGCAGCAUCAAUACAGCCUGAUCAAACCUCAAGGCACCAAGUCAGAUGGACACCUUCUCGCAGCUCAUAAUGAAGAGGUGAAUCCUAUUGUGGAUCCAGCACCAAAUGACCCACAUUUACUGCCACCAUAUGAUGAUUUGAAGGUCUCCAGCCGUUCUGAUGAUUUUGAUGAAGAGAACUUGCAGUAUCUAUCGGCAAAUGUCAGGGAAAUGAUAAGAAUGGCCAAUGAUCCAGAUGAUGAAAGGAUUGUAGACGUGUGGGAAGGUCUCAGAGUGAAUCCAGCGGAACCUUCAUCUAAAGGCAAAUUGUCAACGUCUAAUUUGAGACUGUUACUGCUGUACGAUCUACUGAGCAGAGAUGCUAAACGUCAGAGGUUGUCUGAUUACAGUGGUUUCUCGCCUGAAGUUAUGAAGUCUCUUGCGGAGUCAUCUAGCGGUGGUGCGCGGGCACAACUCAGCAUGGCUCUCUCCAAGAUGGUAGAUCGACACGACUGCGGCCAUGAUUACGCUAACAACAGAUCCAAAGAGAUGGUCGCUGAGUUGGCGAAGGAUGAAUCCACUUUAUCAACAGCUCUAAGAUACUUACAGCCCCUUGUUUAUAAGCUUUAG